GAAGAAGAAGCGGCGCCUAUAUCGCGGAAGCGGCCCGAGCUCGUCCUUUUCCCGGAGCUCACCACGCUGUGCGCAUCGUUCCUGGCUCACCGCUGUUCGCCUGCAUCUUCCGAAUAAGUCGGCCAGGAAUCACGAAAAUGGCUUUCAAAGACACCGGCAAGGCACCUGUGGAGACGGAGGUCGCCAUCCAUCGCAUCCGCAUCACCCUCACCAGCCGCAAUGUCAAGUCUCUGGAAAAGGUCUGCGCAGACUUGAUCCGUGGUGCCAAGGAGAAGAACCUGAAGGUGAAGGGACCUGUCCGCAUGCCAACCAAGACUCUGCGCAUCACCACCAGAAAGACCCCUUGCGGUGAGGGAUCCAAGACCUGGGAUCGCUUCCAGAUGAGGAUCCACAAGCGCCUCAUUGACCUGCACAGCCCGUCUGAAAUCGUCAAGCAGAUCACCUCCAUCAGCAUCGAACCCGGUGUAGAGGUCGAGGUCACCAUCGCCGAUGCAUAAACAGCAACUUUUUCAAUAAAGAAAGAAAGAAACUGA